CUGGCGUUAGAAUGGUUGCGUUCGACAGAGAAAACAGUUUUGCAACUGUGUAAAAUUCAUAUUUUCUUCUUUCUCUAUCUAAUUUUCACUGUCAAAGUACUGCUAAUUUUGACACUUUUCGUCUAUACUUGUACUAUGUGUACAAUUGAAACCAAUCAUUUAUACAUAUUGAUUUCUAUGGCUGAAUUGCCUUCAUUUGAUCGUAUAACCUUUUUAGGAUUGUGAGUUGCCAAGGCCAAACACUUUAGUCGCAGAAUACACGCGUAGGUAGCGAUUUUGCCAGAAGAUAAAGGCGUGAGGAAUCGAGAGAUCGUUGCACUGAUUUUUAUCGAACCUUCCUCUGGAAUAUCUUACCGACCGACCAACGAUGAGACCAAUCUGUUGUAUCUAGGGAUGGAGAGCGUUUGAAAUGAUAAAAAUUACUGGGUGAACGUGCAACCCCGUAAGCUGUGUAAAAAUUGACUGGAAUUUAAGUAAAAUUCAAUUCUGAAAACAUUUGCUUCCCGGCAAACCGUGAACAGCACGGAGAUGGCCGAUGAACAUAUAAUAGAACGGAAUGAACAUUUAGAUAUGCCGACCUCGUACAUGGAUGAAAUCCAAAUUCGUGACAUAGAUUUCGAAAGACAAUAUCCAAAUGGUAAAACGAUAUUUUAUAAGAAAGCCAAGGUAGAAUUAUUUCCAUCGUACAUUUGUUCGGACGGUUUGGUAAGACGGAUAACUAUUUACGAGGAUGAUCAGUACACCACACCUAUUCGAUACUGUGAAAAAUAUUUAAACAGAAAUGAUUAUCUUGUGGAAUCCACGAGAGAUCUCGACACAGAUACUAUUACGGAUUCCUUUGAGAAAGGCCGAUCGGAUUAUUGCAAAGCACAUCGUUAUCUAGCAUACGACAAGGACACGAUAGAUUGCGAGAGAGUGAUAGACUUUUACUACAAGGCACACUUCGAUGGAUUGUCACGCAUUGAAAUGGGUCCAUUCCAUUUGACUCAGCAUUAUGUAGACCGCGAUGAUUUCCUUUAUUACAGACACACUGAAUUUUCAACGGACAAAAGCAAUUCAACGACGAAUAAUAUCCAUUCUCGACAUAUCACAAAAAUCGACGAAAAGUAUCAUAGGAACGAGAAAGUUUUGGCUCACAGAGACAUAGCCGUCCGAAAAUUCAUAAUAAACAAAAACGAAAUACAUAUUAAGUAUCAUUAUGACAAAGGCCAGAGUACUAGAAAUACCCGUACGUUUAUGAAACCGACAGCAGAUCGAGGAGAUCGUUUGGUCUUCGAUCCUAGUAUGGUUCACGAAUAUCAUCCGAAUCCGAUGGCGCUACCGGAGAAAAAUAUCUAUCUGUUUUACGAUUUCGAUAAACACUUAAAAGACGAAGAUCAUUGUACGUCGCGCAUCAAAGAUACCGAGAGCGAAGUUGCGUCGUUUCUGAAAAGGAGAGCCGAUGAAAAACUAAACUUGCAGCUUACAAUAUCAUUGUUCGACAGAGAUCGGGUGGUUGACACUGCCGUGACGAAAUUGGAAACGGAGGGGCCGCGUUAUUUGAGUCAAGAGGAUGUUAUGCGAGAGUUGGACCCAUUAGGGCCAUAUUUGGCACGAAUCAGCGACUUGUCGCUUAUCACCAAGGAGGGAGCGUAUUUGUUAUACGACGAAUGCUUGAACGACUUCAAACAGUCUUCUGUGGAGAAAGCUAAUCGUAUUUUAUUUGUGAUGCAAGAACAUAAUGCUAAAUUGGAAAAGUUGCAAGCUUCGUUGAUACAGACUGCGGAAUUAUCGAAAGCGGAGGAGGAACAAAUACUAGCAAAGAUCAACGAACUAAAUUUCGACUUGUAUGUGCUGGAAACGUAUCUCAAUCAUCACAGAGAGUCGACGUCGAGGAGAUACCAAGUACUGGUGAACCGUUUGCGAGAAAGUCCAUUUUUACAAUCGUUCGGCAUAAAGCUUUGACUACCUCGGAAGAGAGCUACAUGCAAGUGUGAGGGAUUCUAGCUGACGCAAGAACUGAUUACGAAAAAUCAUACUUAUUUUAUACCAGAGAAAAUACAAUGGCGUUUCGUCGUGUAUAAUAAUGCGAUUUAUAUUAUUUUUGGUACGUA